CGAGUCAAGUGAGUUGCGGAACGUAUUCUCAACCCCUGCACCGUCUCUCACUUCAAACGAUCCUAAUUUUUUCUCGCGAGUUCUUUAUUUCCCUUCGCACCAGUCGAAACUAGGCUGAAUCCUCUUACUUACAUCCUCCACCGCUUAAUACGAUUCCCGUGUAUCGAGCGUAAAUUGAACAAUCUUCGAGUCGUUCCGGGAUGUUAUUACGCAACCAGACUCUCGUCAACGGUCCAUUGGCUUUCGUCAGCGAAGAAAGCGGCACUUUCGUUCCGUCGAUGCGAGAAAGGUUCCUGGGAUGGAACGUGCCACCGGAACAUUCGGACCUGGUGCAUCCCCAUUGGAGAGCGUUCCUCGCACCUGGAAAAUAUUGGCACAUUGGACUAGCGCUCAUCUAUACUAUGCUACUAGUGAUGUCUUACGUAGGAAAUUUUUGCGUCAUAUGGAUAUUCAGCACAUCAAAAUCGCUGAGGACGGCUUCCAAUAUGUUUAUAGUUAGCUUGGCGAUAUUCGAUAUAAUAAUGGCGUUUGAGAUGCCUAUGCUAAUUAUAAACAGCUUCAUGGAACGUAUGAUCGGUUGGGAAGUAGGCUGCGAUGUCUAUGCGGUGUUAGGCUCGAUUUCCGGUAUGGGACAAGCCAUCACCAAUGCUGCCAUCGCGUUUGACCGAUACAGAACCAUCUCCUGCCCGAUCGACGGACGAUUGAACUCGAAGCAGGCUGCGAUAAUUAUUUUCUUCACCUGGUUCUGGGUGACACCGUUCACUGUUUUACCGUUGCUGAAAGUCUGGGGUCGUUUCACUACCGAGGGUUUUCUAACUACUUGCUCGUUCGACUUCCUCACGGAGGAUCAAGACACUAAGGUCUUUGUAACGAGUAUUUUCAUUUGGGCCUACUGUAUACCUUUAAUUUUCAUCGUGUAUUUUUACUCCCAACUACUCAAGUCGAUUCGCAAUCACGAGAAAAUGUUGCGCGAACAGGCCAAGAAAAUGAAUGUAAAGUCUCUGGUGUCGAAUCAGGACAAGGAGAGAAGCGUGGAAAUGAGAAUCGCCAAAGUUGCCUUUACCAUAUUUUUCCUAUUCCUCCUAGCUUGGACACCGUAUGCAACCGUGGCCAUAAUAGGCGCAUACGGCAAUCGGGAACUUUUAACACCGUUAUCAACCAUGAUACCAGCUGUAUUCGCGAAAACAGUUUCUUGCAUCGAUCCGUGGAUUUACGCGAUCAAUCAUCCUAGAUACCGACAAGAAUUGCAAAAGCGAUGCACGUGGAUGGGCAUACGCGAACCGGAAAUAUCACACGACUCCGCAUCCGCCCAAACCGAAAGGAUCAAACCGGACGAAUCCGGGUAAAUCGAGACGCUCGAUUUUCAAACCUCGAUCAACCGACGAUCGAGACGCACUGAACAGAACGAGCCACCACAAGUGCGAUCUCGAUCUCGAUCUCGAUCUCGAAGAGCCAAAGCUUCUACGUCACCGAUGGACAUCAGACGGUGAGAAAACAAUCGCAGCGAUUUGCUUAUUCGUACCAAUACUAUCGAUUGUAUUCUUAUUAAAGCAUUAAUAAAGCAAAUUACAAAGCAAAA